AUGAGCUCGCAAGACCUCCACCCCGGAUACUCCCACCAGGACGCCUUUGACGAAGGCUUCCUCGCAGUGGGAUCUAUCCAUAAGAUCCAUUACGAGCAAUAUGGCAAGAAAGAUGGCAAACCAGUUAUCUUCCUCCACGGCGGGCCUGGCGGAAACUGUACUAAGGGAAAUACGACCUUCUUCAACCCGGAUGUUUACCGCGUCGUCCUUUUCGACCAGCGCGGUGCCGGAAAGUCUCUUCCCAACUCGGAGAUGCGCGAAAACACGACCCAUCAUCUCGUCGAAGAUAUCGAAGCUAUCCGUAAACACCUAGGAAUCGAAAAAUGGCACAUGGUAUUUGGCGGAUCCUGGGGAUCAACACUAUCAUUGGUAUACGCGCAAGCCCAUCCGGAAGCUGUCGGUUCCCUUGUCCUUCGUGGUAUCUUUACCUUCCGAAAGGAAGAGCUUGAAUGGUCUCGACACAUUGUGGCUGGCCGCUUGUACCCCGAUGCGUACGAAGAAUUUAUCAACUUCUUACCAGAGAAGGACAGAGAAGAUCUCGUAGCAGCAUACUACAAGCUUAUACAGUCUGACGACAGACAGACGCGGUUUACCGCCUCAAGAGCAUGGAACAAAUGGGAAUUGUCCAUCAGCGAACUUCGACAAAACCCACAGAGCUUGGGAAAGCUGGAUGAUGAAGAUUGGACACUGGCGCAUGCCACGAUGGAACUUCACUACGCUGUACACGACGCUUGGAUUGAACCUGGAUCAAUGUUGAAAAAAGAGAAGAUCGACCUGAUCCGACAUAUCCCCACGACUAUCGUUCAAGGGCGCUACGACAUUGUAUGCCCACCUCAGACUGCCUACGAACUUCACAAGGCAUUCCCUGAAUCUCGGCUGUUCUGGAUUGCAGAUGCCGGACACAGUGCUAUGGAACCCGGAACCCGCAGCAAACUGACUGAGGCAUGUGAUGAUUAUACUACUCUCUGA